UUUUCAUUCCUAAAAGCCAGGAUGAUGAAGAUUACUAUAUGUGCAGCAAUGUUGCUACAGGCACCUUUAAACCUUUGUGAACGUGUCUUAGGUCAGCGAAACUUUAAAGAUUGCAUUCCCGGACCUACCCCAACCUAUGUUAACUGCACCAAUGGAAACAUAACAGUACAGCACGGAAGAAUUGAAGGCAUGCCACCGCCGCAGUGCCAAGGCCUCUAUUGUUGGAAUGGAACCUUGACACCAAUAGGAUGUCCGUCACCAAAGCCUGUUAAAAUUGAUGCCUACACGGACGUCCCUCACAAUGGAUCAUGGCCUCUGUGCUGCUAUUAUCAGCGUGAAUGUGAUUACAAACGGUGGAAGUACUGAAAUACGGGCUGCUUGGUGCACGUUAUUGUUAAUGGCAAAAAUAUUAAACCAAACAAACGAAGACAAGCUACCGGA